AUGUCUACGUCUAUUCAAAAUCGAACAAUAGAGUUUCAGCAAUGUGUUUCCACAUACGAUAAGAUUAACAAAAAGCAGAAUAAGCAUUUGAAUAAUAGUUCUGCACUUUCUACUCCCAAAAAGUCAUACUUCAGCCAACAAGCUGGUCUUAUAGCUAAGGACAUAUCUCAUGUGACUGAAUUGUUAAGUAAGCUUGCAGUAUUGGCAAAGAGGAAACCCAUUUUCGACGAUAAACCAAUUGAAAUAGGUGAAUUAACCUACGUGAUUAAACAAGAUAUCUUCAAGAUCGAAACUAAUAUUCAAAAUUUGCAAAAGUAUUUGAAAGGAGACACAUCCGUUUCUAUAGAUGCACAAACCACCCAGUUUUCCAAGAAUGUGUUGACUUUAUUGAAUUCAAAAAUGAAAAAUGUUUCUGGUGAAUUUAAAAAUGUGUUGGAAAUUAGACAAAAGAAUGAAAUAAUAAACAAGAACCGAACAGAAAACUUUUUAUCUUCAGUAUCUGCAUCAAGAAGUAGUAACAACCAGUCGCCAUUAGUUGACAACCCUAAUGCCUCAUUGAGCAACUUGAGUGAAAACCCAUUUUUGGCAUCGUCUCCACCAGAACAUUUACCGUAUGAUCCAGACGCAGAUCCAGAUACAAGUUCACCUUACGGAGUAUCCAAUAAUGGUGAAUAUUUAUCAUUACCUUCGCAAACACAACAAAUGUUACUAAUGGAAGAACAACAAUAUGGAAAUCAACAAUAUUUACAACAACGGAACCGAGCAGUUGAGAGCAUUGAAAGUACCAUUAAUGAAGUCGGUAAUUUGUUUCAACAAUUAGCCACUAUGGUGAGUGAACAAGGUGAACAAAUACAAAGAAUUGAUGCUAAUGUAGAGGAUAUUAACAUGAAUAUAACUGGUGCACAAAGAGAGUUGUUGAAAUAUUAUGCUCAUAUUACUAGGAACAGGUGGUUAUUCUUGAAAAUAUUUGGAGUUUUAAUAGUGUUCUUCUUCUUAUGGGUGUUAGUUAGUUAG